AUGCAGUUCGAACGCGCUGCUGGCACCGGUACUGCUACGGGGAAUCUACAAGCUCGAAUAGAAAGUGCCGGCGGACUUCGGUCGGUUGAGUGCAUCUGUGCGAGAGUGCUGGCGCUGCGGCGACAGCUUGAUGGGCCGCAACCGCAGAAGGGAGGUUCGACGCCGACGCUCCGUCUCUCGGGCAACGGACGCGUAGCCGGCAAGCGGACGUUCCGCCACUGCAAGCAGUCGAGAGAACUACCUGACCGACAGCAGAUGCCGGUGAGCGACCCAUCAUUGCUUCCUGCACCAAAGAACCUCCGUUGUGUACUUGUUCUGUGUCGACGCAUACUCAACUGCAGCCGAGGCAACACGUUCAACGCUGGAAAGCGCCGAGGCAAUCGUCGGGGUCACAGGCUUCGACGACCCCUUCCAGUGCCAUCUCCUCCGGCGGCCGACGCGGUGUCGGUCGACGUGCCUACCCCCACCCCGCCCGGUUGCCCGGGCCUGCUUUGCAAUCGAAACAAGUCGUGGACGGGCCAGACAGCGCGGACGACCGUCGCCGGAGCCGCAGAGAAGGAGGCGGCCGCGGGGCACGCCUUGUCCGCCGCCGAGACUCGAGGGGAGAAGGCGGCGGCUGAGAGGGCGGGAGAGGCUCUGAAAGCGUGGCGGGGUGGAGAACGCCAGAACGCGCCAGGCCGACGGCGGCCCGAAAUCUUGGCCCACCCGGCCCACAAGCGCACGGCUGCUGCGGGCAAGACCCCGCUACGCAACAAUGUCAACAAGACCGCGGCCGAGCGGGGCUCCUCGAGGUCCACCAAAGAGGGCAAGGCCGACGACGGGCCUCUUCCCCAGGACAGCAGAACACGGAGGCGACGACUACGGGCGGCGCCGUCUCCCCUGGCCUGCUCCUCACCACUGCGGAGGAGGACGGGCUAUUGGCGGACACCACCGCCACCCUCGGCAUUCCGGGAUUUUGAGCACUUACGGGGGCGUCGUCACCGCGCCAGCGUGCCUUCCGCGGCGUUCGCCUCCUCGGAAGCAGCCCAGGCCGAAGCUGACGCCAACGCUCGGCGCGUCGAGGACGCGGCCGACGCUCGAGAAUUGGCUGCGAUCCAAGCCGCCGAAGAAGCUUGCGCCGCUGAGCUAGCGGCUGGCCAAGCGGCCAUCGCCGACAAUGCCGCGGCAACUGCUUCGCUCGCGAACGAGGCGUCUUCCUUGUCGGCGGCUCAAGACCGCUUGACCAUGGUCCAGGCCAGCAACCGUCAGCGCCGGGAGCAGCGUGACAAGGACAAGGCGCGGCGCCAACGGGCCCGUGUUGCUGACCGCCAGAGCUACAGUAGCUACAGUAGCUGGUAUGGACGAUGCGUUGUCUGUUGUCCACGAUCCUGCUGUAGACAUUAAACCGUCGAUCAAGCUCGAGCACCGUGCCCUCGACGCACUUGUGCCAGUCGAUAAAAGUGCUUUACCGCUUUCCUCCACUGUUGCUCAUGCUCGCCAAGAAGCUGUUGAUGUCGUCCAAGCUGCAACGGAUGCCGCUCAUAUUGCUAGUGUACAACGUGCUUUCAUCACCCUCAACCUGGAAAAAGUUGAGCUUGUUGCCACCCUGCCGUUCCCCGUGUCAGUGUUGCCACCCUGCUUGUGCAUACCUAAAACUCUGAUCAGCUCGGUUAGGUCCGCAUUGUCUGACAUCUUGAUGUGCGAUGACCGCAGUCUGGGUGUGACGGAUGGUGAUUUUGUCCGUGGUUGGGAACAACCCCUCCAGAAGAAUCUUUUGGGGCGCGAUCACCCAUGACAGUCUCCCGACCUCGAACUUUCCAUCUCGAACUACUUUCAGCAAGCCGCCAGGAGUCGUUUUUGCGACUUGAGCAGUUCGGUGGAUCGACUGGAACUCAUUUUCCGGAUUAUCUGAGGGCUUUCGGUUUGUUGGUUUCGUCAGUUACUGCGUCUGAUCGUGUGUUGGCACCACGUGUGUCGAUGGUACUCGAGAUUGUUCGCAACUCUGUCAGUGAGCCGUUUCCGACUUUGGCUCCGGUGUUGUAUCCUGGCGAUUUGACUACUACGGUCACGCCUUUUGCCUCGAUAGCUGAUAUGUGGGAGGCGUUCGUGUCUCAGCAACUAAAAAAAAAACGAU